UCUUUUAAUGCCAGACUUUUUAUAUCCUUCGUACAGCUUAUCCUGUAAAGUAACACGCGUAGGUUUUAUCAUUGCCUCAGUGUAGUCCAAUUUAAGGUGAUUAUUCAAUUUGUACUCCCUUUUUUUGUGCACAGUUUAUUCAUGCCAAAUAGUCGCACGUACAGUCAAUCGUAUAUAUGGACAUAGUGAUCAAAUAGUAAACGUUUCUUUUCUGGCGAGCUAUAAAUAAAAUAUUAGAGUUAAAAUUAAAAAAUUAAACAUCAAAGAUGACUGUAGGGAAAACUGCGAAAAUCUCAUCACCCUCUAUGAGGAGACGAAAAUCUGCAUUAGGCGAAGACGAUGAUUUGGAACGAGAAACAAAAGCAUUAGCUUCAUUUUAUCCAAGUCCGCCGCCCGUGGACUUUGUUCAAAGUACUAUGUAUGGACAAUAUACAAAAGAAUUGGGUGAUUAUGUCAAAGGAACGCAGCAGAACAUCCCUGCGCCUGUCAUACACGGCAGUGCUAACGAAGAAUUCAGCAAGUAUGGCGGGAAAAUUAGUUCCACUUUGGAAGUCGUAUGGCGCCAUUCGUUCGCCAAGCUCAGCGAAGAUUGGGUAUUUCUCACGUUAUUGGGUCUCGUCAUGGCCGUAUUAAGCUUUGCAAUGGAUUAUGGUAUAGACUUCACCAACGAAGGAAGGAUAUGGCUAUUCAAAGAUAUGGCGUUCAACCAGUAUUUGCAGUACAUUGCUUGGGUACUGUUACCAGUCAGUUUAAUAACAUUUGCAGCAGGAUUCGUACACUUAGUUGCACCUCAAUCUAUUGGUUCAGGUAUACCAGAAAUGAAAACAAUAUUAAGGGGCGUCGCAUUAAAAGAAUUCCUCACCUUAAGAACGUUGAUCGCGAAAGUUGUCGGCGUUACAGCAACCUUAGGAUCCGGUUUACCUCUCGGCAAAGAGGGCCCGUUCGUGCACAUUGCCAGCAUAACAGCCACGCUUUUGACAAAAGUAAUCACUUCGUUCAAAGGAAUCUACGAGAACGAAUCGCGAAACACUGAAAUGCUGGCUGCGGCAUGUGCGGUCGGAGUUGCGAGCUGUUUUGGGGCCCCUAUUGGCGGUGUGCUUUUCAGCAUCGAAGUAACAACCGUGUACUUCGCUGUGCGAAAUUACUGGAGAGGUUUUUUUUCGGCCGUCUGCAGCGCGACUGUGUUCCGAUUGCUAGCGGUAUGGUUUAACAAAGCCGAAACCGUAAAGGCUUUUUUCCCGACCCAUUUCACUAUGGAAUAUCCGUUUGAUCCUCAAGAAUUGACCGUUUUCGCUUUACUUGGGGUAGUCUGUGGAAUUAUCGGAGCCGGUUACGUUUGGGCGCACAGGCAAUACGUGUUGUUUAUGAGACAAAGUAAAAGAAUGAACUCAUUCCUACAGAAGAACCGUUUUUUAUAUCCGAGCCUUAUAACGUUUCUCACGUUGACAAUCACGUUCCCUCUAGGCACCGGUAAAUAUAUUGCUGGUGAACUGAACGUACACGACCAAUUAACUGGGCUGUUUAGUAAUUUCACGUGGACAAAAACUGAGUUUACCAUUGAGGAGGCAGAAAUGAUGAAUCAUUGGCGAACGGAAAACACCAACGUUUUCAUUUGUUUAUCGGCUUACAUAGCUUAUAAUUUUGUGUUCUCUAUAAUAGCAUCGACCAUUCCAAUACCAUCCGGUAGUUUCAUUCCGGUGUUCAAAACUGGAGCCGCAUUUGGUCGAAUAGUCGGCGAACUCAUGCACUUGUGGUUCCCGUACGGUGUUAGGCACGGAAAAUUCAUCACGCCUAUAAUACCGGGAGGUUAUGCCGUAGUCGGAGCAGCAGCUUUUGCCGGGGCCGUUACACAUUCCAUAUCAGUGUCUGUAAUUGCUUUUGAAAUGACGGGACAGAUCACACACAUUGUACCUGUCAUGAUCGCCGUAUUAAUAUCAAACGCUGUAGCAGUAUUACUACAACCUUCACUAUACGACAGUAUUAUAUUAAUAAAGAAUCUACCCUACUUACCGGAUCUUCUUCCAUCCAUAUCGGGUAUUUACAGUGUGUAUGUAGAAGAUUUUAUGGUCAGAGAUGUCAAAUACAUUUGGUAUAAUAUGAGUUAUAGAGACCUGAAAAAGGUUCUAAGGGAAAACAAGGUUCUUAGAGUGUUUCCGUUAGUUGACAAACCAGACUCAAUGAUUUUAUUGGGGUCGGUGCCUCGAAUUGAAUUAAUAAAACUGAUCGACAGACAAGUGGGUAAAGAAAGACGAAUGCAGGUAGUUGCUAAAUGGCAAAAAGAAGCACAAGAAAGACUUGACGAGGUAGAAAGAAGAAGAAGGGAAAACAAAGAAAGGAGGCCUUCCAGAUUUGAAGUCACGCCAGCACCAGAUACACUACAAAGGAAGUAUUCAAUUAGUUCUCAAUCGCUUUCUACAAACCCCAUAAUCAAGGUGCAAUGCAGUUCUUCGUUGAAAGGACAUCCGAAAAAAUCUAUUUUAAAAAAAACCAAUUCAUUCACUCUACAUAACCUGACACCAAUGAUGACUCCGUCAGCGACACCAUAUUCUACGAUAACUGGAGCCGAGAGUCGCAUACGACUAGCGUUCGAAGCUAUAUUUCACAAAUCUGCUACACUUCGAGAUGCAAAUCCAGAACAGCAGAGCUUGACAGAUAUUUCGGAUAAGGAUAGGUGUUCGUCGCAGAUUAUACAAGUGUCCAAAAAAGUUCAACUGCCCAAGGAGAGAGUCAUAGACAUGUCACCGGAAGAACAGAGCGAAUGGGAACAAACAGAGAUGGACAAGAUUUUAGAUUUUGGUUCCUGUCAUAUUGACCCGGCACCGUUUCAGUUGGUCGAGAGGACAUCAUUACUUAAGGUCCAUUCGGUGUUUUCGUUAGUUGGUGUCAAUCACGCUUACGUCACUGCCAUUGGUCGCUUGGUCGGCGUCGUCGGACUAAAAGAAUUAAGAAAAGCCAUAGAAGACACCAACUCGGGAACAAAACUUGGACACCACAAGACAUCUGGCUACCGUAGUGCUGCGAUGGAAUCGCUGUUAAGUAAUCGACGAAUGGAUGAUGAUUAUGACGUGUAAAAUAUAUAUAGGUACAAUAAAUACAUUUUGUAAAGGCGAUUCAAUACUGACCGUUUUUCUUUUUUACGAAAACAUACCUAUCUUUUGACAAUUACAUACCAAUAAGACUAUAAAUAUAGGGUUCGUUAAAAAAUAUUAUGUGAACAUAGUACAAUUUUCUAUGUAGUUUACUUGAGAUCGAUCAUCAAAUUUUUCUAAUUUUGGAAUCAUAAGUAUAUAUUUUAACUUUUAUCUUCCGUUUAAAUUGUAUUUUAAAAUGAAAAAAAAUAAGCGAUUAAUAAUCAUAAGGAAAAAAUUCUAAAUACUGGGAUAAAGUAAAUUCAAGUAAAUUCCUUAAAAAAUUUAAUUUUCUUAUCGUAACUUAUGUAAAAUAAAAAAUAGAUUUUACGUUUUUAAUGAAAAUUAAUAUUACUCGUUGGUUAUACAAAUUGGUGAUGUCAUAUGCGUGUACGCGUGAAACCACUUUUAAACUACAACUAUAUACGACACACACUACGUAUAAACUCAAGAUACACUUAAGAUAUUUCCUAAAUUGAACCUCAUAAAAACGGUUGGUAUCAAAUCUCCUUGUAUAAAAUAUUAUUUAAGGUACCGUAACCAAGCAUUAAAUUUUAAAGUUAAAACUGUCUUACCAUUAAUUUGAUAGGUUUUUGCUAAAUGUUAUGUAUGAAAUGUUGUGAGUAUCUAUUGUUGUAUGAUAAAUACUUAAAUAUAGAUAUUUUAUUGUUACUUUGUAAAAUUAUAAAAAUAAAAUAGUUAAUAUAGUUAUAAUAAGUUUAACGUGCUGUAUAAAUACCCGUAUGUAUAAGUCUAUAUACUUACCAUUAAUUUAAUUUAUUUUAUAAUAUUAUAUUAAUCUUUCGUUUAAGGCGGCGUAACCCCAACACUCUUGAUUUCUCUUCCUGGCUCGGGCGUAAUAAACUAAUAUAGCAACAAUAGUAUUCCAUACUUCCACACAAUUACAACUCUAUAGGUUCAGUUUAAGGCAAAUUGAUCUAUUAUACGUAUUGUAAAGAACGAUAUUUCCUGUGAAUUGGCCAGGAUAUAUAAUACACAGAAUCGUUGAUGUUGUUUGAUAUCUGUUACUAUGUGUUGUAAAUACUGUUAUUAUUUUAUUUUUAUUUGAAUAAUGUCAUAGUAUCACGGCGUUUGGGAUAGGCAAUAUGACUACUUUGCUGUGGUGUAUCCAUUUUCGUAUAAAAUAAAUUAUACUAUUGUACAAUGUACAUAAUAUAUUACAUAUCAUUAUGAAUAUUACUACACCUAAACCUAGCAACCUAAGUGCACAUCAUUUAGUAGCAUAUUAAUGUUAUAAGUACAAAAAUAUUCAAAACUAUAUUUAAAUUACAUCACACCUAUAAAAUAUUAAUAUAGCUCAAGUUUAGUCAUAGUAUUUCUAUUAUACGUAUCUCUUAUUUCUCUAUUACAUAAAUAACUAUAAUAGUUUUAAUUCAAUAUUUAGUUUAAAUUGUCAAUACUUUUGGCUGUUUUUAUAUAGAAUUUUAUAACUUUUUCAUGAUAACAUCAAUUAAUUAUGUCUAAAUCAAUAAUAUUAGAUAUACGUACCUACUUAUUAAUUAGAUACAAAUUACUUUUGAAAAUGUUGAUUUUAAUAAUUUAAUCUAAUUUAAUUAAAAAUUAAAUUUCCUCUUCAAACUCAAAACCUUUAUUUACUCGUUCAUUACUCUUACCUACAAUCAAUUUUUUUUUUUAAUCUAUACCCAACAUUAAUCACCUAAAAUUUCAUUUAUAGUUAUUUACUUACUUCAAAUUAGACUUGACUAAUAAAAGAUUUCUUAUCUUAUUAUAAAUUACUAAAAACUGAAAUUAAUUUAUGAUAUUUAAUCACAACUUUAAUUAUUAUCAAUAAUAGGCCUCUAUCAAUAGGUAUGUGAAUGGCUAGUUGGUUGAACAAUUAAAUAUGUAUAUUAUGAUAUCCAAUAGUGGCAUUGUUUCGAUUUUUUUUUUUUAAUACACAUAUUUUUAUGCCUAGUCACAAACCCUUUUUUAGGCCAAUUAGUACAUUAUUAGAUUUAAAAAACCCAAUAACACAUACCUAUUGCACAAUUCAAAUGAUGGAACUAUAUAUUAUCCAAAGAACCCAUUUUUAAUUAAUUAAUUAAUAUACAAGAUAAAAUUCAAAAUAUCCAAAAAAAUCCUAAUAUUUUAUAUUAUUAAAGUAAUUAUUGAAAUGUAUCACGGGCCACUGUGUCAGUUAAAAAUGGUACGUGGGCCGCCAGUUGCCCAUUCCUGCUAUAGACCAUAGUUUCAUAAAUCCACAUAGUUAUAGUUUAUUUUUAUUGUGUGUUAAUAUAAUAAUGUAUCGGUCAGCAUUUAUUUUGCGUGAAUAUACUCGUAUUAUAUCGGUCUAUAGUUAGUCGUAAUAAUAUUUACUAAUUAUAAACAUAAUGUAGAUUGAGUAUUGAGUUUAUAUUGAAUAACAUACUUACUGCAGUACAUAUAGGUCUCAUAUGAAACAUAAUUGUUCCAAAAUAAUAAUUUGUCUCUUGAUGAAUAUUUUAUACUUUGAAAUAAAUGACACAAGAUAAAUUUUAUGUAAGCAUUAAAUGGUUAAAAAAAUAAUAUUAAAAGGUAAAUUUAUUUUUGAGAUUUUCAUUUCAAAAUUCAUUACAACUAAUUAAUUGAAAUAUACAUUUUAAAUUAAACAUUAAAAUCAAAUUUAUACAUAAUAUAUUCUAAGUUUAUAUAAUGUAUAUGUCAAUAUGUGUGUAUAUCACUGUAAAUAAAACUAUAAUUUUUUCUUGUUCAUACCUAGGUACUGAACAUAAUCAUUUUAUACAAACUCCUUGAAUGAAUAAUUUAGUAGACACUGAAAAUAGUAGUCCUCAACCACUACGGAUGUCGGAUAAUAAACAAAAAAAAGGAUUAACAUGAUGCUUUGUAUGUUGUUAAAUCACUAGAAAUCCUAAAUUCCUGUAUUUUCUUGAUUUCCAUAGAUGAAACUAAUUUUUAAACGAAUGAAUUUAAUAAUUUCCUCCGCAUUUACUUUAAAAUGUUAUAACCAGAGGUGAAUUAUUUAAGGGGGGUCAUAAGGGCCUUGCCACCACCCCCCCCCCCCCAUGUUGGCAUAAGUUAAAUACACAUUUAAAAUUAUUGUCUAUUUGUAUGUAUUUGUUAAUUACUGAAAAAAUUUAAGAUUUGCAUUUUGGACUAUGCCCCCCCCCCUCAAAAAAAAAUUAAAUCCUAGAUCCGCCACUAGUUAUAAUUGAUUAUAGAUUACAUCAAUAUAACUUAACAUUGUCUAAACAAUUCACAUUAAUUAAUUUCAAUGAGUUACAUACAUAAAUCUAUAAAGUACUAGUUAAAAAAAAUGUUGAUGAAUAAAAAACAACAGAUUAAACAAACAAAACAAAUUUUCAAGGCUUUAUAAUAAAUUAUUUGUCAAUAAAGAAAUCCAUACCCCAAUAAAUUCAAGCAAUGAAUGGUGUUCUUGUAGGUAUACAGGUCAUGUUAUUGCAAUAUAGUAUAUAUCAGUGUUAUACUAAUUUAUGCAACCGAGAAUUAAUUCUCUAAAAGUAAAAUUCCAGUUUAACUAUUAGAAAAUUUUUCUAGUUAGAAUGUGUUUAUUAUUAAUAUUUAUAAAUUCUAAGUUAUAAGAGUAUAAUUAAUGUUAAUUUUUAUUAAAUACUAAAUUAUGUGCACAAGAAAAUAUUAUGAUUCAAUGACCAAAAUUUAUUAUAAGCAUGUAUUUUUUUUAGUUAUUUAUAGUUGUAUUUAUCUUAAAUUAAAGAGAACUUAUGAAAUUUAAUGUUUAUAUUUGUUAAUAUGUAGAUAUAAAAUUAAUUUAUAUUUAAUUAUUUAACAAACAACUUGGCUAAGGAUUUUUAAAAUGAGUAAGUCACUGUCAUAGAUAUAAAUAUGAUGACAACAAUUUGACUGUUUAUAUUUUCAAUCAUAAAAUGAGUUACAGAAAUAAGAUUAAUUUUAUCCUAAGUUUACGCUAUACUGUUAAUGGUAAUCCAUUUUAUAGAUUUUUUUUGGCCUAAUAUUUAACAUCAUUAUUUCCA